UGGUAAACAGGUUCAGGAUUCUACCAGGCGAGAAUACUAUGACGAUGUGUUCUACGAGAAACCAAAACCUAACGGAACCUCAUAAUGACGAAAUCUUCACAGAUGACCAGGAACCCUCAUCCAAUUUCACAACAAACUCUAAACCCGUGUUUCUUCAGAAUCAAGAGCUGAUGAGCGAACUCCAACAUGCCAGAGAUAUGCUAGGAUGGGAAACAGAUUCAUCAGACUCAUCUGAAGACGAAGACGAAGUUACUGUUCCGCCUAGAAGUCCAACUUUAUCAAACAGUUGUCGUCACACUCUCCCAAAGCUAACUCCUUCAGUUCCUUCAAGCUCGUCUUUGUUCGACAAAGUCAGAAGCAGCGUUUCAGGGUACAAGUUCUCCCAGUUUUCAAGACUCUUCUCAUUUGGAAAAUAUUCAGGAUUCCAACCAGUCUUAACCCAAGGUUCUCCUCCAAUGGCUGAGUUUAGUCUUCAUGAAAAUGAAUAUUGUGAUGAUGAGUAUCAAAGGAAAACAAAGAAAGAAAAACAGUUGACACCUACUGUUGAAAACCAAUUCCAACAGCACCAAAGACCAAUGUCUUUCCUGCCAAGUAGAAAUACUCUUUAAUUAACCAGCACACGAAAAAUUUACUUUAUUUAGGCUGACCAACCACAUGUUGUUCUAAAUUUUUUAAUAAAGUAAUCAUGUUGGUGCUCCAUUAUUUUUUUAAUUUAGUGAUAUAUUUCCCUAAACGUUUUUAUUUAUUUUACCAAAAAACUUUCUAAUUAACAAUGUCUUUCCAAAAUUAGUUAAUUUCUGGUAUCUGUUAUGUAUAAAUCAUAAAUGGGCAUAUUGACAUACAAUUACAACGUUAAAACAGAAAUAAGCACUAGUAUUAAUAAUAUGCUGAUAAAUGUAGGCCUACAUGCGUUGUACAGGUUUUCAAUUUAAAACAAAUGCAUACAGAAAAAUAAAUUAUUAUGUGCAUAUAUUAAUACUUUGCUGGCGAUUAAUAUUCAGUUGCAUACCUUUCUUAUAAAAGUUAUUAUCUCAGUAAAAUACAUAAUCAUACCUUGUUCCAAAACCUAUCCAUGUCAUUCACUAAUUGUGAAUAUGAUGUCAAUAGGACUGCUUUGUUGUUUAUUUGAAUAUGUUGAAACAUUGUUCAUUAAUCAUUAU